AUGUAUAUCAAGCACAUUGUGACUUGCUAAAACUCAAGAUGCAUCUGUAAAAAAUCAGAAUUAGAUCAAGAAUAUUAAUUAUUCAAUUUUGGUCACAAAAAGCACGUUGAAAUGAAUAGUACGUUAAGAUCUGACGAGAAUAGUUAGCAGACUUUGAAGAUUGAUCUUGAUGAUAAUUUUGAUGAAUAGCAUCACCAAGAUAGAAAUACAUAAAGAAACUUAAUUCUGUUAAAACUUCUCCUUUCUAAAUCAAAAUUAGGAAGUCUAAAUAAGACCACUCGGUAUCUCGAAAUAUAUAUUAAUCUAGUUAUUUUUAACAAGCUUUACUCGUCCUAUUACAAGCUACUUAAAUUAAAAUCAAAGAAUCAAUCAUCUGAGGAGAAAUUUAAUUACUUCUACUUGAAAAAUUUGGCAUAAAUUAUGAUCAAAGAUCAUGAGAGAGCUAUCAGAAAGGAUAUGUUUGAUAUAGACAAAUCAAUAAAUUUAGAAAGAGAAUUCUAGGAAUACAAAAAAGUUGUUUAAGAUACCACUAUCUUGGUUGAAAGAUUUUGGAGAACUCUUACUAAAUCAGAUUAUGAAAUUGGCACGCUCUUGCAUUUGGGGUAGAAAAUCGUUGAUUCUUAUUUGUAAACAAAGAAAUUAUAUGAUAGUAUUUAUGUAAUGAAGCCUGAUUUCAAAGAAGUAGUUUAACUUCAUAUGAACUUUAAUAUCGAUGUAAUGAAUUUUGAAAUAGAAGGAAUGAAUCUCUAGAAUAUAAUUAAAAACUUGCAGUAAAAAAUGAUGAUAACAAGAUAGUCUAUUUACAUUAAAAAUCAAGAAUAAGUAGGUAUAGUGUUGGUAUCCGGCUCCCAAUAAAAAAGAAACAAAGUUGUUUUAGUAAAUGAAGUUAUUUGCUAAUAUACAGGCAUUCCUCAAUAAACCAUUAUUGGGAAAAACAUUAACUAUCUCAUGCCUAAAGUAGUGGCUCAAUACCAUGAUCAAAUUCUUCAAAAAUUUCUUACAGAAAAUCAUGGUAGACACUUAUCUUCUGUAUUGCCAAGAGUCUGGAUAAAAAAAGAAAAUUAGUGCAUUAUUCCUUGUAGGAUAGAUAUUUAAACAUGCGUUUCCGAUUAGCAUGGACUCAUAAUAGUAGGAUUCGUAACGUUUAAUAUUGAGAUUCAAACUGAAAACAUGAAUUGCAAAUCAAAUGAAGCUUUUGUAGUGAUUACAGAUGAAGAGGGAUAUGCAGAAAAUGUUUGUGACAACUUCAUGGACAGAUUCCUUUCAAAGGAUCAAUUUGCUAUCGAUGAUUCAAAGAUUAACAUAAGGGAAAUAAUUUAAAUUAACCCAUCAACCACUAAAAAGUAAUUAAAAUAAGGAGUUAAACUUUAGAUGCUCUCGGAGCUCUCUGAUCAUAAGUUAAAGGAUCCUAGUAGUAAAGCUAAAGAUUUAUAGGCAAUGGUUUUGAUGAAUGAGUACAGACUACCUAACAAAGUUAGAUUUAGAGAGUAUGUAUUCUUUGAAAUAGAAUCAUCCAAAGAUGAGAGAGAUCUCGUUUAUAUGAUGAAAUCUAUGGAUACAAAAGGAUUAAGCAAGAGGCAAAAUUAAUUAUCCCAGGAGUUUAACGAAUUGGAUUAAAUUAUUAUAGAUAACAACAAUCCUAGCUCUGAAUCAGGAUCUAGUAAAUCAAAUUAAGUUCUAAAUUUCAAAGGAGCAAUUGAUUUUAAUUAAACACCGAAAUCAUUAUCAAAUCUCAGGAAAGCAAUCGUCAUAUUUUUUUGUAUUCUGAUUGGAACUUCAUUCUCAGUUCUUGGUGUUACUUAAGUGUAAAAUAAGCAAUUCAUUGAAGAUUCAGCCAUUGUCGAGGCAUCAAUUAGCUUAGGUGGAAUAUUAGCUUAUUCUAGACUCGUUUUUAGAAUUUUAUUGCUAUAUCAAAGGGAUUAGAACGUAUCAGAUCGAUUUGAUUUUAAUUAUUUGCAAUCUCUAUUAGAAGAUCAAUAUAAGUAACUCCAAAAAUAAAUCUAUAUUGUAUUAGAUGACAAAAACUAUGUAGAAAAUGAGCUGGUUGAUUUUAUGACUAAAGAUAAUGUAAUGAUUUAGGAAAUGCAAGCAGAUGGUAAAAUAUUCUGGACAAAGAAAAAAUUCACUAUUGCAAUUCAAUAAUAUAUGACUAAAAUGUAGAGUUUCAUAACUAUUGAUAAAUAGAGUUUUAUAAAUGAGAUGAAAAAUUAUAAAAUAAAAGAUGCCUAAACUUCUCCAACUUUAAACUAGAGAAAUGCAUAUUUCAUAAUUAUUAAUGGAAUGUAUGAUUUGAGGUCAUUUUCAUUGCAGAUGUCAGAUUUAUUUGUGGAAUAGUCGUAAUCAAAGGAAGAUAUUCAUGAUAUGACAGUAUUGAUUAUCACAAUGUCAUGUGUAGCUGUUACUUUCAUUUCAUCCAUUGCUCUUGUACCUGUUACUUUUACACUUGAUAUUGAAUAGGAAGAGAUUGUGAAACAAUGGAUGAAUAUCUCAACUGAUACAAAGAAUGAUGUUAUUGCGAGAAUUGAUAAAUUUUUAUCUCAAUCAAACCAGGAGUUUAAAGAUAAAUAGAAACCUUCUGAUUAUCAAAAUUACGAAACAAAUUUUAGAUCUCUUAAUGAGGUUAAUUCAUCAUACAGAUUAGGUGACAAUGAUAUGAAUAUAAUAUAAUUAGACCUAUAAAAGAGGAAUGGCCGCCCUUCUCCUAAAACUAUCAAGAAUUAAUUAACUCCUCCGCUAUUUUCUUCACUUAGCAAUAAAUUUAUUAUCCAUACAGCUAAUAUCAUCAAAUAAAUAAAAGAACUUCCUGAAGAUUCCCCAACUGAAUCAAAAGAAGCAGCCUCAGACUAAAUGGGUGUGAGAAGAGAUAACUUUACAUUUUCAGGAAUGCUGAUUAAUUAGAAUAAUUAAAGUUAACAAUAAAUUUAAACAGCUAAUCAAAAUACCGAGCAAAACUUAGCAGAGACCAAGCUUUAGAGAAGAUUUUAAAAGUAUCAAUUGAAAUCUAUCUACAGAGUCAAAAAAAUCAAGAAAAUAUUUCUGAUAUUCUCCUUCGCAACAAUCAUUCUUGGCUUCUAUCUGUCAUUUUACUUUAUCUCAUCAAUGGUAUUCAGCUCAGCAAAAGAUAGUUUUAAUUACCUCAAAACUGCAAAUAGAAGGGCUCCAUGCAUUUCAAAUAUAUAUCAAUUCUUAAUAGAAACAUAUACUUAAAACUAAACCAUUAGGAUUGGGUAUUCUAAUGAAACUGUAGCAAAUCAUGCUUAAAAUGCUUGCUAGGUUUUUGAAUAGAAGCUUCAAAGUUAUUAGACGUCUGUGCCGGUACAAUUAAAAGAAAUUACUAAUUAAAUAAAAAUAAUCAACUCAGAUAAGUUUUGCUAGGCAGUCUUUAGCAAAGACUAAUCCCUUCUGCAAGAGUGCUCGACUUUUAGGAAAGGAUUGCUUAAUUUAGGACUAGCAAAUACAUUUAAUGCUUUAUACUACUAUAUAUACUCGGAGCUAAUAAUAUUUGAUUCUUUUGAGUUAAAGCCUUGGAAGAGAAAUAUCUAAUUUUUGGAUGAGCAUUCCUAUGAUAAACUUACAAUGGAUUAUAUAUACAUGAUAUUGAAGUUUAUUUUACCAGCAGCUAAUGACUUGAGUCAAAAAUUUGAGAAAUCUUUAUAGAAUUUCAUGGAUCAUCAAAUAUAGAUAUUCGUUAUAGUUUUCUGCUUUUUCCUUAUUUUUCUGCUGGGAAGUUUAAUAUUUUCUUUAGGAAAGAUGAUAGCUUAUCUCAAGAAAGAGGUUUUUAGAACUAGAGUUUUAGUCAAAAUAAUACCAGCAGAAGAACUAAUAGAUAUGCAUAAAAGGGAUAGAAGAAAAUAAAAUCAAAGAUUCAUCAAAAGCUAAGAAUUUCACAAGCCAUAACCCAAUUAAAUUUGA